CCGGUAGAUGAAGAUGUCGAAUACACCAGAGGCCGGCGACGGAGCUCCGGUAACUACAGGUGGAUUGUUCCCCGUCCUUCCUACUUCGCCGAAAUCCAUCUCAGCUAUUUCCAGUACUCCUCAAUGGCUCCGCAACGCCAGCUUCACGACGGAUCUCUCCGUCAUCAACGCCGGCGCUUCGACCGCUCCUUCCGUAUCCGUGGUCGACGAAGACGAAGAUGAAGAAGGAGAUCCUGAUGGGUAUACUUUUGAAGCUAAUCAGCCUAAGGUUUACAAUCUGGUUGAAGAAGAAGCGUCCUGGGAGUCUGAUGACGACAAGGGGAAGAGGAAGGGGGACAAAAAGAAGAAGCGGAAGAGUGGUGGUACUGCGCCUGAUGAAUCUCGUUCUAAGAAAUCAUCAGUUAGGGACUCUGAUGAAUACUAUUCGAAGCCUGUCAAGGAUUAUUACUUGGACACUCGUCCUGAUCCAGAUAAUCUGGUUUAUGGUUCCAUCUACAGGAUGAAUGUUCCUCGUUAUAAACUUGACAAUUCUCAAAGAGUUUCUGGGACAGGUUCUCUGAGGUUUUAUUUGCGGAAUCGGCGUAGUUCUAUGCUUGACACAGAGAUUGAUAUUGAUUCUUUGGAGGGAAGAGCUAAGUCUGAUACCCGAUAUUGGUAUGCAAAACAUGCUGCCAUGGAACGCAACAAGAAUUUCAAGCGGAUUCGUUUAUCUGCUUCAAGGGAAGCUGUGGAUUCCAACUUUGAUCAUUUCAUUCCACUGGAGGAAGGUGAGGCUGUUCAAGAAAGUGACGAGGAAGAUGUUCUAUCAAAGGACUCAACGAUGGGAGCAUCAUGGGAGGAUGACGUGCUGGAUAAAACGCGAGAGUUUAACAAAAUGACGAGGGAGCGUCCCCAUGAUGAAAAGGCAUGGCUAGCAUUUGCUAACUUUCAAGACAAGGUUUCAAGUAUGCAAUCUCAGAAAGGAGUUCGCCUGCAGACUUUAGAGAAGAAGAUUAGUAUACUUGAGAAGGCUUUUGAACUUAAUCCAGAUAGUGAAGAACUGUUGCUUGCACUUCUCAAGGCAUACCGAAGCAGAGACAACGCCGAUGCAUUAAUCAGCAGGUGGGAAAAGGCACUUAUGCAGAAUUCCGCUAGCUACAAGUUAUGGAGGGAGUUUUUAUGUGUUGUUCAAGGGGAGUUCUCCAGAUUCAAAGUUUCGGAAGUGAGGAAAAUGUACUCUUAUGCAAUCCAGGCUCUUUCUUCUGCUUGCAACAAGCGCCAUAGGCAGGUGGAUACAACAUCUGAACCAUUGGAUUCUGCUGCCAUCCAGCAGGAACUCGUUCUAGUCGAUAUGCUAGUUAGUCUCUGCAGGUUUGAAUGGCAGGCUGGUUACCAGGAGUUGGCCACAGCGUUAUUUCAAGCUGAACUGGAAUUUAGCAUCUUUUGUCCAUCUUUGUUGCUUACUGAACAAAGUAAAUUAAGACUGUUUGAGCACUUUUGGAGCAGUAAUGGUGCUCGAGUUGGAGAAGAAGGAGCUUUUGGAUGGUCACUGUGGCUGGAGAAAGAGGAGGAAAACAGGCAUAAGAUUCUGAAAGAAGAAUCCUCUGAUGACAAUGACGUAGGUGGUUGGACAGGUUGGACAGAACAGGUCUCAGGUAGAAAUGGAGAUAGUAUUGCUUCCGCUAACACUGUAGAGGUUGAUGUUGCUCGAGAGAGUCUGGAUGAGGAAAUGGAUGACGAAAAUAGCAAACCUGAAGAUGAUACUGAAGCUAUGCUAAAAUCAUUGGGCAUUAAUGUCAAUGCAGCGGCCAGUGAUGAGGUCAAAGAUACAUCAACUUGGGUUAAAUGGUUUGAAGAAGAGGUUUCUCGAGAUCUCAGUCAAUGGAUGCCUACUCGGAAAGCUGGUGAAUUCUCCAGUGUUGAUGAAAUGGGCGAGGGAGAAGAUGAAGAGCAACUUUCAAGUGUUGUACUAUAUGAAGAUAUAAAUGGAUAUCUAUUUUCCUUACGUUCAGAUGAGGCCCGACUAUCUCUGGUAUACCAGUUUAUUGAUUUCUUCGGUGCACAUAUUCCUCCAUGGACUUCUAGCAACAGUUUGUCGUGGAGUGAGAAAAUAAGUAGCCUUGAAACAUUGUCAGAUUCUAUGUUAGAAAACUUGAGAAGUGUACAUGAAUGUUUGUCGAAAUCAGAUAGCACCAACGGUUUCAGCUUGGGAUCUCUUUUAGGUGGCAGCUGCGACAUAUCUAUGCGGACUGAGAUGAUGAAGUUUCUCCGUAAUGCCAUCUUACUUUGUCUAAAUGUUUUUCCGCGAAACUACAUUCUGGAAGAAGCUGUCCUUGUUGCAGAAGAGCUUUUUGUAACAAAUAUGAAUACAUGUGACGCAGCAACUACUCCAUGCCAAGCUUUGGCCAAACGUCUCUUGAAAAGUGACCGGCAGGAUCUACUACUCUGUGGAGUUUAUGCACAGCGAGAAGCUGCUUCUGGAAAUAUGAAACAUGCAAGACGAGUCUUUGACAUGGCACUGACUUCUAUCUGUGGCCUCCCUAAGGAAUUACAGUAUAACGCUUCGUUGCUAUGUUUAUGGUAUGCUGAAUCAGAAAUAGCAAAUAGUAGCCUCAGAGCUAAGGAUACAGAAUCAUCAUCUCGUGCUAUGCACAUUUUGUGCUACCUGGGAAGUGGUCUAGCUUAUGUUCCUUAUACUUCCCAGUCUUCAAGCAUGCAAAUCCUUAGAGCACGCCAAGGGUUCAGAGAGAAGCUUAAGAAGAUACAAUCCGCAUGGUCUCAUGGUGUCACUGAUGAUCAAUCAGCAGCUCUUGUUAGUUCGGCAGCUCUAUUUGAGGAGUUAACAAAUGAUCUUUCUGCCGCUGUUGAGAUCCUAGAGCACAUGUUCAGUUCUGUUCUUCCAGGAAGAAAAAGUCAAAGCCAUCAACUCGAGCUCUUGUUCAAUUAUUAUGUGAGAAUGCUUCAGAGACACCAGGACGAUCUAACUUUGUCACAACUUUGGAAGCCCAUAUCAGAAGGACUGCAGCAGUAUCCUCUCAAUCCGGAGCUUUAUCGAGCUUUGGUGGACAUCUGUAAUCGCCGUAUGACAUCCCAUAGACUGAGAAUGAUGUUUGAUGACUACUCCCGCAAGAGUUCAUCUGCCGUUGUUUGGCUAUUUGCACUUUCUUAUGAGUUGAGUAAAGGAGGGUCCUCACACAGAAUCCGUGGAUUGUUUGAAAGGGCAUUUGCACAAGAUACACUAAAAAACUCGGUCAUUCUAUGGCGUUGCUACAUUGCAUAUGAGAUGGACAUCGCACACAAUCCAUCAGCAGCUAGAAGGAUAUACUUCAGAGCUAUAAAUGCAUGCCCAUGGUCGAAAAAACUAUGGCUGGAUGGGUUUAGGAAGCUGAGCUCAGUCCUUACGGUGAAAGAGAUGUCAGAUUUACAAGAAGUGAUGCGGGACAAGGAACUGAACAUUAGGACAGAUAUCUACGAGAUUCUUCUUAUGCAGGGAUGAGAGAUCGUUGAGAUGUAUAUAUUUAGUUAUGCUCUGUUCUGGUUAUUGAGAAUUUAUCAAAACUCUUCGUAUCAAUGUUCUUGUGUUGUAGCAGCAUCCAAUUAAUCAUUGUCAGCUUUGAUUGUUUACUCAUCUGCUCAAUGCCGUUGGCAAUAUCUAGUAGAAUUUUAUUAUGAUC